UCAAUCUCUUGGCUGUCUCUUGUCUCGAAUCUGCCUUUCCUCUCUACAGCAGCAACUAAAUUCAUCAUCAAACCCUUUCUUCAAUCCAUGUCUAUUUCCACCAAAAUUCCACACCCUCUCUUCACUUCACAUCCUACUAAGUUAACCAUUUUUAAAUCCAUCAUCACAAUCCAAAGAAUCUCCACAAAAAAACCCAUUAUUUCAGCCACCCCACAACAAUCCUCAUCAUCAUCUCUUCAACCCAUUGAAGAACUCCCACCAAAGGUUCAAGAAAUCAUCAAACUAUUCCAAGCAGUUGAACAACCAAAAGCUAAAUAUGAACAACUCUUGUUUUAUGGAAAGAAUUUAAAACCACUUGAUGCUCAGUACAAGACUAAUGAAAACAAGGUUCAGGGUUGUGUUUCACAGGUUUGGGUUAGGGCGUAUUUUGAUUCCGAGAGAAGUGUAAUCUUUGAAGCUGAUUCGGAUUCGGUACUCACUAAAGGUCUUGCUGCUUUGUUAGUUCAGGGCCUUUCUGGAAGACCUGUAGAAGAGAUUGUUAGAGUUUCGCCUGAUUUUGCGCUACUUUUAGGAUUGCAACAAAGCUUAACUCCUUCUAGGAAUAAUGGGUUUUUGAAUAUGUUGAAGUUAAUGCAGAAAAAAGCGUUGCAGUUGUACGUUGAAGCGGAGAAAAAAGUAUCUGGUUUAGGCCCCCAGAGCGAUUUAUCAAAUGCCUCGACUGAGCAAAUUAAUGUUAAUGGAAAUGUUCAGGAAGUUGGUGAAAACAAUAUAAUUGUUGGUGCUGUUGAUGAUGGUGUUUUGAGGAGUAGAGGGAUGAGAAUAAAGGAGAAAUUGGAGAAGGAACUUAGGCCUGUUGAAUUAGAAGUUGAAGAUAUAUCUUAUCAGCACGCGGGGCAUGCCGGGGUUAGAGGCAGUGAUGGAGAGACACAUUUUAAUUUAAAAGUGAUUUCUGAGGAAUUUGAAGGUAAGAGUUUGGUUAAGAGGCAUAGGAUGAUUUAUGGUUUACUGCAAGAUGAGUUGCAGAGUGGAUUACAUGCAUUGUCAAUUGUGGCUAAGACACCGUCUGAAGUUGGUAGUAGUUGA